UAUCGUUAUCACGGUGAUAUGAUAACAGCUGCAUGAGGUUAGACUACACCCAGUUAUUACAAAGCAUUACUGUUCGAUUGAACGGUUGCUCGCAGUAUAGUUAAUCAUUCGCGUUAAAUGCAUUUGAAAGCGAGUUUGUGCGGUCUAAACAAUGCAACAUAUUCGGAUUUGGUAUGUUGUACAGCUGUUACUGAAUAUAACCGUAUCGGUAGUUGUAAACACAGCCAACGUGUGUCAGUAUAUGCAGUGUACGGAGGAUGAUACCAAACUGACGCUACAGUUUAACGUAACUAUGUGGGAAGCAUUCAGUGAGCAGCCAAAUGCCGCUUUCAAUAUUGGCAGCUGGAACUGGUCGACACUCGAUCCCUUGGUGCAAAAGAAUCGAACGUCUGAGGUUGUGUUUAAUGGAUUCGAUUUUCCCCAUAUCGAUAGCUUGCAGGGUCAUCAAAGCGUGACAGCCCUAAAUCUUGAUAACAACCAAAUCACCACCGUUGAGGAGGAAGCUUUUGCCAAUUUUAAAAAUUUGGUAUCGCUUUCGUUACGCAGAAAUAUGAUAACGAUAGUACGCGACUAUGUGGAUUCUCCCAAUAUGUUACAGUACCUUGAUUUAUCAUACAACUGGAUUGAAGAUAUCAAGGGCCUUAGAACGUUUAUGUUGCCACAUUUGACGUAUUUAAAUUUAUCGCACAACCGUAUCGCGUCCGUACAAAGUGAACUAUCAAAGCUAAAGGCCCUAGACAUCCUCGACCUAUCCCAUAACGCUAUCAAAAAGGACGGAAAACCAUUCAUACUGCCGAAAAAUCUCAGCCAAUUAUUACUGUCACACAACGAGCUAACCACGUGGCCAUUCGCAUACGUGCCAGAAACAUUAACGGUUCUAUCGCUCAGCUUCAAUCAAAUCGACUUCACUCAAGAGGCAACAAGCGUCCGAAGUCUUGAUCUGUCCAGCAACAGACUAGCGAGCUUUUGCAGCGAAUGUUUCCCGGCGGUCGAAGAAUUGGACCUGUCAGGCAAUUACUUUGAAGCUUUUCCACAGUUUAGUAAUCGAACGAGCACGGUGAGGAAAAUUUCGUUUAACCGUAUGCCAAACUUAAGAAUCAUCAAAAGGAGUGACUUUACCGAAAUUGAAGAACAUCUGCACGAGCUUGAAGUUUCCUUCUGUCCACGAUUGUCCACUAUCGAGUCCAACGCAUUUAUCGAUCUGAAAGAAUUGAAACGACUUGAUCUUAGCUUCAACGUACUGCAGCAAGUGCCCGAAAAUAUGAUCAACUGGAACCGGCUGGAGCACGGUGUCGAUCUGCAGGGUAAUCCAAUCAACUGUAACUGUUCGAUGCAGUGGUUGGUGGAUAGAGUGAUUCCGGCGAUGCAUGCCCGGCGGGAGUUGCAUAAACUUUUCCCAAAGUUGCGCUGUGCCCAACCACCAAUGUACAAAGAUUACCUUAUCGUACAUCUAACCCUGCACGAAAAUUUGCUGUGCCGAAAGUAUCGCGAGAUGGAUCUACCCGGCAUGGAAACGGUUGUCCAAUCGAUGAAAGAACAUCGCCAGAUGCAGGUAGUGCGGGCGCAAAAAAUUAUACUAGUGUUCUUAAUAAUAGGUAUUGUUGCGUUGAGUUGCUAUUUAGCUUAUCUGAAGUUGACCAUUCCCCGACACACUGUAAGACCGCUAUACUACCAAUGAAUGUUACUUAUGUUUCACUAUAAAAAGUAAGAUAAAAGCAUACACAUGACAAUCGGCUAGCGGAUAAGUAUUACACACAAAAAUAAUUAAACUAAACAUCGAAAUUCUAUGUUACUUCUUUCGUACAAGACAUUCUUUACGGCAUUUUUCAAUCGUCGUUUUUGUAA